UGAUACUCAUACAUCAAUGCAAAUUAGUCCCUUGGCAUGAGUAAGCAAAAAAUUAGCGUCUUAAGGGUCACCAGGUAAUAUGCUACCAGAUUUCAAGCUGAGUGGUUGUCAAAAGGCUUGUUAAGAGGAGAGGCUGUUUACUUCCAAAGCAUCUCAUUUCUCCUUGAUUGUCGGAGUUAAGGCCAGACUAGGAGGUCAAGCUUGGACACUGAGUGCUUCAAGUAAGACUUUUUGAGAUUAUUCAUGCUGAUUAGACUGAAACCAGAGAGACAAGUCAGGCAAAUUUCUGUCCUCUUGCUGAACCAGCCAGGAAUCAUCCAAAGAAGGAAUCUUAAGAUGUCUGAUAAAUUUUUGAAGUCUUACAUGGGAUCUAAAGGGGAAUUUGUGAGGAAAGAUUCAGCUUUCAGGAAUUGGAUCACAGCUGACGGCUCCAGUGGUUUUAAGGCAGAACGAGACAGGUAUCACCUGUACGUGUCCCUCGCCUGUCCCUGGGCACAUCGUACGCUCAUCGUCCGGAAACUUAAGGGGCUGGAGGAUGUCAUCCCAUAUACUGUCGUUGACUGGCUGAUGGGAGAGAAGGGAUGGAACUUCACUGACAAGAAACCAAAGUGUUCAGCAGACCCCCUCUUUGGUGCCCAGUACAUCCGAGAGCUCUAUUUCAAGGCUAACCCAGAAUAUGAGGGGCGCUUCACUGUGCCAAUGGUGUGGGACAAGAAGAACAACACCAUUGUGACUAAUGAGUCCAGUGAGAUUAUUCAGAUGUUCAACAGUGAGUUUAAUGACUUCUGUGCCACAGUUGAGCAGAAGGAGCUCGACUUGUACCCAGAACACCUCAGGGCAAGGGUGGAUGAAGUGAACGAGUGGAUUUACCAUGACAUCAACAAUGGUGUGUACAAGUCUGGGUUUGCCAGGAGUCAGGAGGCCUACGACAAAGCUGUCACACAGCUGUUUGCUUCUCUGGACCGGGUGGAGGAGAUCCUAUCCAAGACCAGGUACCUGGCAGGUGACCAGCUGACUCUGGCCGACAUCCGGCUCUUCACCACCCUGGUCCGGUUUGAUCCGGUCUAUGUGGGGCACUUCAAGUGUAACAAGAAGCGGAUCAUGGACUACCCUAACCUGUGGGGUUACACCAGGGAUGUGUACCAGCUCCCCGGGGUGGCAGAGACUGUGGACAGGGAACACAUCGAGAAGCAUUACCAGGCAAGUCACACAUCGAUCAACCCCUAUGCCAUCGUGGCCAUUGGUCCAGACCUGGACUUCAAUCUGCCUCAUAACAGGGACAAGAUGACCAAAGCAUGACGGAACAGUCACAGUGUCAGUGGAUGCCUUUAGGUUGGCAGAAUCACAGCUAGAGUGGCCACUCAGAUAGCAAGAAGAGGGAGGUAGUAUAUAGAGGAGUCCAUUGUAGACCACAGCGGUAUUCAAAGGAUUAGCAGGUGUAUUUAUAGCAGGAACAUUAACUGCUUAUGGGAUUUGCAGUACUACUAGUUUUGUACUUUUUGCAGUGUACUUUUUUAGUCUAGUAAUCUAAAAUCAUAGAAUAAUAUUUGAAAUGAUAAGCAUACAUUGUAUAUCGCUGAAUCUGAUGUUAUGAUGAUUAUACAAUAUUACCAAACACAUGUAGACAAUCAAAUAUGAAAAUAAAUAAAUGACCCAUUC